GGGAGCAAGAUGGCGCCUGUAACUGGCAGAGCCGCGGCUCGUUUCCUGCUGUGUAAAUUAUUAAUGCUCUGUUUCUCAGUGUACGUGAUCAUCUCAGCCUGCAUAACAGAUGGAUGUGUUCUGGCUGUAUGGACUUAUGACCGGGACUCUUUGUUUCACAUCAGAGAGUCGAUGGAGGUCCUGUUUGAUAAUUACGACAGGUUCAAACAGGCAUUUCCUCCUCCAUUUGCUAUCGAUCCUGACUCUCCUGACUACUUGCUACUAUACCGGGCUCCGGGUAGGGUCCGUAGGAGAUUCAGGAAAAGAGGCUUGCGGUCCGGUGUCCAGGUCAGGCGUAGGCGUGCCGCAGCGCGCGGUGGCUUUGUUGUCUUCGGCCGCCGGGACCGCAUUCAGUGCCUGCGGCGGAUUCCUCUUCACGAUGUGUGCGGCAGCGUAGCUUCGCCGCCGCCUGUUCGGAUUUCAACGGGUGUCCUGGAUCCUUCACAGCGCUGGAGUGGUGGUCCGAGACUUUCGCCGCAAAUGUUUACUUCCGUGUUUGUGCCGGCUCUUUCCAAAUGGACCGGCAAAAGACCAUGUGACCGCUGGUCGUGCCUGCAACCAAUCCCGUUGCAAAGCAGGGACACUGCCUCCGUGACGUUCUCCAAAAUGCAUUUCGGCCUGUUGAAUGCUCGUUCUAUUGCGAAUAAAUCGCAUUCAUUAAACGAUCUUUUCACAAGGGAAGGCCUGGAUAUUAUGUGUUUGUCAGAGACAUGGCAGAGAGAGGACGAGCUUAUUCAUUUAAAUGAGCUCUGCCCAGUGGGUUGCUCUGCUAUUGGGAGGCCCCGCCCCUCUCGUCGCGGUGGUGGACUGGCUAUUGUGCACAAGGAUUUCCACAAAUGUAAUGAAAUUUUGCCUCAAAAAUUUUCUUCUUUUGAAUUGCAGAUGGUAAAGGUGGGUUUUUUAUCCCCCUUCUACUGUAUUCUGGUCUAUCGACCUCCAGGCCCUGCUGCUGUCUUUCUAAAGGAUUUUAGUGAAUUCUUAUCCUCUAUAAUUAAGCUGGAAUCUGUCUUAAUCCUUGGGGAUUUUAAUCUUCAUGUAGAUGACAACUCAUCUUGCCCCGCAAUGGAAUUUUUAACAUUGACUGAAACUUUUAAUUUUAAUCAGCAUGUAUCUGAGCCCACUCACCAAAAAGGCCAUAUUUUAGACUUGGUUUUUACACUUGGCCUAGAUAUAUUAAACGUAUCUGUAAAUGAUGUCUAUAUGAGCGACCAUAAUAUUGUUCUGUUUGAUCUUCACUUCAGUUCUGACCCAAAGCUUCCAGUAGUUAGGUCUCAGAGACGUGUUAUCACGGCAAAUACUGCAGAUACUUUCUCUGAUUUGUUUGAUCCUGCUCUAGUUAUGGAUUGCCCUGAUGUGGAUGAUUUUGUUCACUGUUUAAACAAUCACUGUGAAAAGAUUCUGGAUCAGGUGGCCCCUGUUAAUUCAAACUUGCCUACUCGGGAAAAAAUGUGGCCUUGGAUUAAUGAAGAGAUUUUAAAACUUAAGAGAAUGUGUCGAAAGACUGAACGCCUGUGGAAAUCCACUAGCCUUGAGGUACACAGGCUUUAUCUCAGAGAACUUGUGUUGUCCUAUAAUGUGACGGUUGGAAAAGCCAGAUCUGACUAUUUCCGUCAACUAAUAACAUUAAAAAAAAAAAUCCUAAAGUGCUUUUUCAGAGCUUUACAUGGCCAGGCUCCACCCUAUAUUAGUGACCUGAUUCAGCGUUAUACCCCUGUGCGUGCUCUGAGGUCUGUGGAUCAGAACCUGCUGACGGUUCCACGCACUCGCUACCGUACUAGAGCUCGGCUGUGUGUCAGCGUUUCCACGUUAAAAGACUCAGGCCUAAAGGCACUAAAGGCUCGUGCAGACUACAUGACUGUCAGCGUCGGCUGA